AUGAGGUCUCACAAGGUGCGCCAGCCGCCCUCGAGCGCCGAGCUCUAUACACCACUCGGCCCUGGUGAGAUCCGAGUGCUGGAGAUCUUCCCCGCGUUGGUCAAGACCAACAUGACCCGCGGGGUCAAGUACUCGGCGCUCUCCUACAUCUGGGGUCCUCGCCUGCCAACAAAGUACAUCACAAUCAACGGCGUCACGCGGCCGGUGACCAUCAACCUGGCCUGCGCGCUCAAGGCGCUGCGGAACACGGGGGCCCUCGAGGAGGGCCGGAGGCUGGAAGGGGGAAAGAUUGCGCCGCUGGAGCAGCCUCACGGCGGCCAUCACAAGAGGAGACAUCAUUCGGGCUCGAGAUUCACACGGGCCCUGGAUACUAUGCUGCCGGGGUCUCUGAGCGGGCCCGAGUCUGUUCACAUAUGGGUGGAUGCAGUAUGCAUCAACCAAGCUGACCUUGCCGAGCGCAACCAGCAGGUUGCCCAGAUGGCAUCUAUUUAUAAGAAUGCCCAGCAAGUCAUAUCAUGGUUGGGGGAGAGUGACGAGUUUCAUCGGCUUGAUCUCGGGCUGAACCUGGUCCAUGCGAUAUAUCCGUCUCUGCGGCCGCGGCAGUCAAAAAACCCAAACAAAAGAGUCCGCGUCGAUGUGAACAGCGGCCUUGAGUGGGUAGCACAGCAGGCUGAUCUGCUGUACGGAUAUGAGGAUGGGAAGACGCCAAACAUACACUGGGAUGGGGCUCUGAAUAUUGGAAAGUGUGAAUACUGGACUCGAGUCUGGAUUAUCCAGGAAAUCGCCAUGGCACGAUCAGGAGCCGACAACAUCCUCCUAUGUGGUGACACAUGUGCCACAUAUGCCGAGUACUGUGCAUUCAGUGCAUUCCUCGGCCACCUCGCCGAGGCGGGAAAGCGGUUAUGGGGUCCUAUCGACAAUACCGUUCGCAUUCUUCUGUCGACCAGCCAUGGCGCGAACACUGCCAAGAACAGGGAAAAGCAGAUACGUGCGAUUCAGAAUGGAAAGUUCAAUGCUACGAUGCUCUUGAUCUCAGCCAUGACCCACAGAGCAACGGAUCCAAAAGAUAUGAUAUACGGGUUCCAAAGUCUGAUGAGCGACACACAAACUAGUGUUGACUAUGGGCUGUCUGUUCGGGAUGUUUACUUGAAUUGGGCUCGGGAGGAUUUUCGUGCAUUUAGGAUUACAGACAUGACGAUGUGGACGUCAGGGAUCGGACUGGACUCGUAUAGGAACACACAUGGGCUGCCCUCAUGGUUUCCCGAUCUCUCUACCUUAUCAUCACUUGUCGAGGUAAGAGAGCCGAUCGACCCGCACCCGAGUGAUACAAACGCCCUGGGCCUUCUUUCCCAGGUGGUGUAUCAGGUGAACCCCAAGGCUGUGAAGGGACAGAGACCGGAGUUAACAGACUCCUUGGAUAUGUGGCUACCGAGUGUCAUCUUUGGAGAGAUCGAGAUGGUUGUUCAAGGUGAGGAGCUGAGAAUAUGGGAGCCGAGACAUUCCGAAAAGGCUUUCGAGAUGUACGCCGCUAUACUUUCUCAAUUCAGGUAUGGAGUUCGGGCUCACGAGGAGAACACGACCACACUCGGAGCUUUGUUCCAUGCAAUCUACCAAGGACGAGACCCUUUCGAUAAUGCACCCAUGUGUUUCCCGCUGGAUCCCACACUCCCAAGUCUUCAGUUUUUCGUCCGUGGUAUCAGAUACGCAAUUCAGAAGUAUCCGUGUUCAAAGUCUGUUUUGGAUGAGCUUGGCCUCACCUCCCACGAGCAGUUGUGGCCUCUGUUCUGCCGACUACUCUUUGGGCCAAAUCUCAGCCAAGAUCAGUGCGACCUGAUAUUCCCCGCUGCAACCCCUUUCAGUGUUCUCGUCGAGUUCAAUCAGGAGCACCUCGAGGAGUCUAGUUAUUCAGAGUUUCUGGGCCGGUUAACGCGCAGUAAACGAGUCAGCUUUUUCAAAACGCGAGAUGGGUAUUUGGGAAUGGGACCUCGAUAUAUCAGGCCGGGUGACAAGUUGGUUGCGAGUGGCAUAUCUACCUUGCCCUCCAUUGUCAGAGAGAGCGAUAACACCCACUACUAUCAUGUCGGAACUUGUUAUAUCGCUGGGUUUGGUCCUGAGGAGUUGAGUGCGAAAUGGGGGAGGGAUGAAGUUAUUGAAGACACGCUCACUCUUCGAUGA